GUAGCCUUUCCUCUUCGCCGCCUGUGAUGAUUCUCCCUUCCCGAACGAUAUGUCCCCCCAUCUAAACACCCAUCUGCCGCCAUCCCUUUACCUCUUUUUGUUCUAGGUUUUCUAUGUUAGCGUAAGUACUAUGCAUGCUAUUGAGUGAUCCUCCGGCACAUGCUAGACCUCCCGAGUUUGCUCUCAAAGUCUCAAGCUGUUUACUUUCCCUUUCUGGGGCAUAAAAAUACAAGGAGGCAAUACCCGAGAUUGAUCCCAAGAAACGUGGGAAAAGCCCAGAACAUAUAGAAAAGUCGAGCAACAUCGUUGUUGAACUUUCAACCACCCGCACUUCACCUCCUCCCUCAGAACUGCCACAAGCGUUCUCCCUCUCUUCAACCUUUUCUUUCACGAUGCUUUUCGCUACCCUCGCUCCCGCACUCGCUUUCGUUCCCGCCGCUUUUGCUGCGAUUUCCAUUACUGGGCCCAGCGGGAGUGCUUACUGGGUGCAAAACACUAGCAAUGUGAUCAACUGGACGUUCGAGCAGGGAGACCCUAACCCCGCCUCCAUCAUCGUCACGAAUUCCAACAACACGUUCCUUAACGGUGCCUUCUCCAUCGCAGAGUUUCUGGACUUGUCCAACAAGACAUUCACCGUGACCAACGUCACCCUUCGUGUCGCUGAUGGCUACACCGUCUCCCUUGUCAACCCUCAAAACCAGUCCGAGGUCUUCGCUAGCAGUUCAACCUUCUCUGUUCGGGCCCCCGGCAGUAUGUCUUCCCUACCUUCCUCGUUGUUUUCAUUGUGUUUAGCAUUGUUGGUUAUUCUGCAGCACCCCCGGCCGCGUCUUCGAGCAGCGAGUCGCCUACGAGCACUGGCUCGGGCAGCGCAGCACCCACGAGCACUUCUCCUAGCGGCACAUCCUCCAGUGACGCCAGCCCCACUAGUGGAAGCAACAACAGCGCCGCGGUGUCCACCUUCGGCGCACAGGGUGUACUUGCCCUCAUUGCUACCUGCGGUAUCGCAUCCUUAUCAGCUGUAUUGCUCUGAGACACUACGAUACCCUCCGACGAUCAUACCCCUUGGACGAUUCUUCACCACUAGCGUACCGUCCGUUUCAACCCUCGGACUCUCUACCUGUCCACCUUGUGCAGCCUCCUUUCCUCCCCGCUUUUAGAUUGUUGUAUGUGAUUCUGGUGUGAAAUAGUCCUAUCGUUUACCCUCCCCUCUGUCUUUUCUUGACUUGUUUUUGUUGUCAUUUGCUUUUCGAAACUCGGACGCUGUAUACUCUAGUGUCAAGAUAGUGUACGGUCGUUAAGGUGUCGAUUAGUGUAUGUGUUCUAGCGUGUACAAAGUUGUAUUCUUCCUUUAUAUUUGGUGGGAUUCUGCUGGAAGACUGAUAAGGUCAGGGCUCGCAAAUGUUCUAGGCAACGAUGCACCGUUGUUUAGGUAUCGAUUAGUGUACCUGUUCUGACAUGUAUAAAGUUGUACCAUUCUUCGUUGCAGUCUGUCGUGUUAUCUGCAAGGUGUAUUAUCGUUUUCGG